AUGAAAAUAGAUGUGGACGGCUUGGAAGUGUACUUUCCAUACGACUAUGUUUAUCCAGAGCAAGUGCUGUAUAUGCAAGAAGUCAAGAAGGCCCUCGAUGCUCAGGGACACUGCCUUCUGGAAAUGCCUUCGGGUACAGGAAAGACAGUGUCAUUGCUUUCAUUGGUGGUGGCGUACAUGAGGAAGUUCCCUGAUCGCCUUGAUAAGCUGGUAUACUGUUCGCGAACCAUCCCCGAAAUUGAAAAAUGCGUUGAGGAGCUGCGUGCUCUGUACAAGUACUACGAGCGACAAACUUCGAGUGCUCCUCCAAUGGUUGCUGUUGCAAUGUCGGCGAGGAAAAAUCUUUGCAUUAACGACUCGGUGUGGCAGCUUAGGCAAGGAGCCCUUGUCGAUGGUGCUUGUCAGAGGCUUACAGCUAGCUUUGUUCGUGCCAAACGUCAGUUGGAUCCCUCCAUUCCAUCAUGCCCAUUUUUCGAGAAGCUAUCAGCGCAACAACAUUUCUCCCUUCCAAGCGGUGUCUGGAAUUUGAGUGAUCUCAAACAAUUUGGACGUGAGCGUGGUUUGUGUCCUUAUUUUAUAUCACGCGAAGCUAUCAGGAGUGCAACAAUCGUAGUUUAUUCCUAUCAUUACAUUCUUGAUCCAAAAAUCGCGGAAUUGGUAUCUAAAGACUUCAGUCGAAGAUCGUGUGUGGUGUUCGAUGAGGCUCAUAACAUCGACAAUGUCUGCAUUGAAUCUAUGUCCAUCACUGUUUCACAAAAGCAAAUCGAGAAAGCUUCGCAAGAACUCAUCUCACUAGAAUCCGCCGUUCAGCGAAUGAAGUCGGAAAACUCUGAGCGCUUGCAGAACGAGUAUGAAAAACUAGUCGAAGGAUUGCGGAGGAGCGAGCAAGAAAGAGCUAACGAUGAACGUCUUGCAAAUCCUGUCUUGCCAGAUGCAAUCUUGCAUGAGGCUGUUCCUGGAUCUAUACGAACUGCGCAGCAUUUCGUGCUGUUCAUGAAACGAGUUGUUGAGUAUGUCCGUCACCGAAUGCGUACUUCACAGGUAGUGCUCGAGAGCCCGGCAGCAUUUGUGAAAGAUAUUCAAGAUCGGAUGUACGUUGAUCGAAAACCUUUGAGGUUCUGUGCCGAGCGACUUGAUAAUUUGAUGCGAACCCUUGAGCUAGCAGAUGUCUCAAAUUUCCGCUGUUUGAUGCAAAUUGCCAUCCUUUCUACUCUAGUCAGCACUUACUCAAAGGGUUUUUCUAUCAUUAUUGAACCGAGCGAGGGAAGCACACCUGGACAAUUGACUUUAUCAUGCAUGGAUGCUUCAAUCGCUAUCCGACCAGUAAUGGAACGUUUCCAAACGGUAGUUAUCACUUCUGGAACGCUAUCACCAUUGGAGAUGUAUCCGAAAAUUUUGGACUUUGAACCAGCUGUCAUGGCUAGUCUUACAAUGACGUUGGCUCGGCCUUGUUUGAGUCCAUUAGUAGUAGCAAGGGGUAACGAUCAGGUUGCGAUGACUUCCCGCUUUGAACAAAGGAGCGAUGUUGCUGUAAUUCGAAACUACGGUAACUUAGUGCUUGAAAUGGCUGCAGUGGUUCCAGAUGGAAUGGUUGUAUUCUUCACCAGCUAUAUAUACAUGGAAUCUGUGAUCUCUGUGUGGUACGAGCAGCACGUUAUCGACGAGUUGAUGAAAUCGAAGCUCCUAUUCAUUGAAACAAAUGAUGCUCUUGAAACAUCAGUGGCCUUGGAAAAGUAUGUAGAUGCAUGUGACAGUGGCCGCGGUGCAUGUUUGUUCUCUGUCGCUCGAGGAAAAGUUUCGGAAGGAAUUGACUUUAGUCAUCAUUUGGGGCGCUGUGUUAUCAUGCUUGGCAUUCCAUAUGUGUAUACCGAGAGCCGAAUUUUGCGAGCGAGACUUGAGUAUUUACGCGACCAAUUCGGCAUCAAAGAAAAUGAUUUUCUCACGUUUGAUGCCAUGCGACAUACCGCACAGUGCAUGGGUCGAGCUCUUCGAGGUAAAACCGACUAUGGUCUCAUGAUUUUCGCUGAUAAGAGGUUUUCCCGACAAGAUAAGCGUGGAAAACUACCUCGCUGGAUGCAAGAAUAUCUUGAACCAGCCUCGACAAAUCUCAGCAUUGACGAGGCUGUACAACUUGCUCGUCGGUGGCUGACUUUGAUGGCACAACCCUUUACCAAGUCUGAUCAGCUGGGCAUCUCGCUGCUGACGUCGGACAUGCUGUCCGCGAAGGCUAUGAAGAAGUUCGAGCGUGUUGUUGAGCAUGUUGACUGAAGCUUUUCGAAUUCCGGUGUUGUUGGUCUGUUUGCUGUUGUUUUAUUGUAUCACUUGUUAUAUCUUUAAGAUUGAUACGGCUAUCAAAACAAUCUCAUCCUGAGUUAAGUUGCACAUUUUAUCAGAAAUUGUUAUACUUCCGGCAUAAAAGUUCAGACG